UAGCAACGCCCUGCAUUUCUUUUAUGCAGUUGUCAUUACUUACGCUCUUAAAAAUUGGGAUUUUCACAAGUGAAAGGACGAAUUCAAGACUUUGGGAACAUUCAUAUUUCGUUUCUCUGAAACUGAGAGCACAGCAGUGGAGAGGAGAGGAGAGGAGAGGAACUGUCUGUCAGAGUUCAAUUCUCUCGACUAAACGUAUGUGAGGAUGACUUCAUCCAUCUCUGCAUUCAUCACCAAAACCCUGUGCGAACACCAGGGUUGUUUGAACGCCAGCACUCUCCAGAAAUUGGUCGCACGGCGUUUCCCUGCUGCCGUGGACCCAGAUUUACUGCGGAGCGUCUUUGUGGACGACAGUAAAACAGCCAUCAGGCCGGGAAAGCAGGCGGCGACGCGGGGUCUGAGUGUCGGCCCGGACAGCCUGGUGGUGGCUAAAACCAGUCUGCGGCUCUGUCAGAAGAAACCCGGAGAGUGUCCUGAGUGUGACGCCUUACACCUGUGCAAGUUCUUCGUCUGCGGCGACUGCACCUUCGGAAACAAGUGUAAAAAUUUCCAUACUCUGGCUUCUGCACACAACGCACAGCUUUUAAAAAGACAUGGUCUUCAAGAUUUAACAGAAAAACAGCUCUUCCGGCUGUUGUUGCAGAAUGAUCCCUUUCUGCUUCCCGAGAUAUGCCUGCAUUACAAUAAAGGCAACGGUGAGCACGGCACCUGCAGGUUCACCAACACUUGCACCAAGCUCCACGCCUGCCAGCACUUUCUCCAGGGUGACUGUAAGUUUGGUGCUGCGUGUAAGAGAACCCAUAACAUCGACGCUCAAGGAGCGAGGAUUUUCCGUGGCUUCAGUCAGGAGAACAUGAACGACCUUCCUGAGAUCUACAGGAAUAAAUGCAUCAUCAUGGGUCCAUCGGCAGCUUUUGUUCCUCCACCACCAUCAAAGGUGAGGGUUCCCACUCCGCAGUCCUCAUCCAGGGACCUUGGAUCCCCAGCCAGUUCUGCAGGUCCAUCUAAACCCAUGACUGAUGCUGACAGGAACGAGAUCUGUCUCUUCUUCAUUCGCGGACACUGCAGCUUCAAAGAUAAAUGUGUCCGUGUCCACCGGAACUUGCCGUACAGUUGGCAGGUUUUGGACACUGAUGGUGUGACCUGGAAGGAUUUGCCUAAUAUGGAGGAUAUUGAGAAGGCCUACUGUGACCCUGCCAAUGGCACACACUGCACGACUCAACAAUCAGUCUCAGGGAUUUUCAGUUUCCUCAGACUUCAAGGCUCCUUACCAGCUGGUUUGGAUUCAGUCGACUUCAUGACGAUGAAGUAUAAAGGGUCUCCAGUCCGUCGUCUGUCCACUGCCUCUGCUGUGUCAAAGCCUCCUAACUUCAUUCUUACAACUCAGUGGCUUUGGUACUGGAAGGAUGAAGGUGGUAAAUGGCAGGAGUUCGGGCAGGGGCAAGUAGACACAGCAGCGUCCGUCACUUCUGAAACUCUGGAGAACAUAUAUCUGGCCAACAGAGAUGCACCGCUGCCUUUUAGUGCUGCCAGCCAGCAGUAUGUCCUCCACUUCAAAGGUGGGCCAGGAACCCCACCGAUGUAUCAAGAGAACCUGAAAUACAAAACCCAGAGAGAGGUCCGACGAAGGCCUUGCUUUGUCUCCGAGCAAGAUGUGAAGAUGAAGCUGGACAGUGCAUCAUCACACAGCUCCAGUUCCUCCCUGGCUGACACUGUUCCGUCCUACUGGGACAAGGCCGCGUUGCCUGAGCUUGGAUACAAGCUUGUCGCUCUCUCCAAAUCUGCAAAGGACUAUGCGAUGAUUGUGAAGUUAUUUAAUAACACUAUGCCUCUGAGAAAGGUUACCAGCAUCCAGAGGAUUCAGAACCCCUCACUGUGGACAGUCUUUCAAUGGCAGAAGGAGCAGAUGACAGGGAGAAAUAAAGGAAAACCUGUCAAUCAGCAGUAUUUGUUCCACGGGACAGACGAGUCCCUGGUCGGUGCCAUCUGUGAGCAGAACUUUGACUGGAGGAUGUGUGGUGUCCACGGUGUGGCCUAUGGCAAAGGGAGCUACUUUGCCAAAGAUUCGUCCUACUCAGACAACUAUGCCGUGGCCAAAAAAAACCUGAACAAGGUCAUGUUUGUGGCUCUGGUCUUGGUGGGAGAGUACUGCAAGGGAACGAGCAGCUUGGUCAGACCCCCUUCAAAAGGAACCAGCGGAAACCUCUACGAUAGUUGUGUGAACUGCGAACGCAACCCCAGCAUCUUUGUUAUCUUUGAAAAACAUCAGAUUUAUCCAGAGUACCUUAUCAACUACUCCUAAAUCCUAAUUGCGGAUGUUUCCUUUACUUAAGUCAGGGGAUAAACACGGUUAUGGGAUGCUUUUUACUUUGGCAAGCGGAAUUAACAGCAGAAUAAACAAUCCCUUCCCCCCAAACCCGUAAAGUUAUGGAGUUAUGCUAAAGGUGGUUAUUGGUUUGAAAGCAGUUAAAUCUAUGAGCUGAUAUCGAUAUUUCCUCUGUAGGAAAAUAUGAAAACAGAAAAAACCCGGUGUGAUUCUUUGUUUAUACACAAUACAAGACAGAAUCUAAGUUUGGUCAAUGUAUACGAACUUACAGUAAUACUUUUCCACGGUUGCUGGUGUCUAUUUUGUUAAGACAAGAAUGCCAGGUUAUACAAUAAACAAGUUUUCAAAUGUUA